UGUUCGUUCGUUCGUUUAUUUAUUUAUUUAUUGUCCUCCUUAACGGAAGAGGCGGUCGGGUGGAGCCGCAUCGUUCACUCCUUCGCAAGAUGGAUGGUCACUCUGUUUGACCAAACGCGCCAGGCAGCCUUCUCGCAGGCCUGUCCAUGACGUGUAAUAACGUGCCGCUCAUAUUUCCGGCGAACAGAUCCUGUUGUUGAAUGUAGCCAUUGGCCGGAUUCGGUAUGGUACUUAUUAAAGAAUACCAAGUAGUGCUGCCGUGCUCUGUCGAAGAGUACCAGAUCGGUCAAUUGUUCUCUGUUGCUGAGGCCAGUAAGAACAACACAGGAGGCGGGGAGGGCAUUGAAGUUCUCCGAAAUGAACCGUAUGAAAACGAUGGCGAGAAGGGCCAGUACACUCACAAAAUGUACCACAUACACAGUAAGGUGCCAAGUUUCAUCCAGAUGUUUGCCCCAGAGGGAGCUUUGGUCUUUCACGAGAAGGCUUGGAAUUCCUAUCCUUACUGUCGCACAAUUGUGACGAAUGAAUACAUGAAGGAUGACUUUUUCAUUAAGAUAGAGACUUGGCAUAAACCUGACUUGGGAACAAGUGACAAUCCUCAUGGUCUGUCGCCUGAAGAGUGGGAGGAGACUGAGGUGGUGCCCAUUGAUAUUGCAGAUCGAUCCCAAGUUGAAGAUGUUGAUUACAAGGAAGAAGAAGAUCCAGCCCUAUUCCAUUCUGAGAAAACAGGCAGAGGACCACUGGGGCCUGGCUGGAAGAAGGAGCUGCACAACAGCACCUGUCCCUAUAUGACAGCCUAUAAACUGGUUACUGUUCAUUUCCGCUGGUGGGGUCUGCAAGGGAGAGUGGAGAAGUUCAUCCACAAGCAGGAGAAGAGGCUGUUCACUAACUUUCACAGACAGCUGUUUUGCUGGCUGGAACGAUGGAUUGACCUGUCCAUGGAUGACAUCAGGAGAAUGGAGGAUGAGACACAAAGAGAGCUGGACCAGAUGCGUAAUGAGGGCUGCAUCAGAGGGAUGAAAGCUGGGGAAGACUAAAGUGAGAUGGAAACAAACAUCGAGGGCUAAAUCUGUUCAUUAUACCUCUGUUGCGCUCUCAUACUCCCUCCUGCUGCAGCCUGCAGAUCUGUGCAUUCAACAUUACAGCCCUUUCUGAUGGAAAACUGUUUCACAAAAAAGGUUACUGUCUAUGUACGUGUGAAUGGGUGUGUGUCUGUAUGCUAAGGUCACAUUGUGUACCUGUUCUUUGAUAGUACAUAAUACCAAACUUGUUCAGAUUAUUGUUUGUAAAUUUUAAUUUAUUUCACAUCAGUAGUUCUGAAGCUUGACCAGUUGCAUUCUCAUGCAGUUUGAAAGAAAUAUUCAUUGAGGUCCUUGUUCAGGGUCCUUUGGGGCAACUGGCAAUAGAAGGUUUUUAUUUAUUUGUUUGUUUGUUUAUUUAUUUGUCUAUUUAUUUAUUAAGAACAAUACAUUUCAUUCCCAAUAUGUCAGAUGGCCAGCAAAAUGGAAGGUAGUCAGGUUGUUGGGGAGAAUAGUGGGUGUCAUUUUGUGUAUUUUUCAUCCAAACAAAAGUAAUUGCAGAUGUAUAAACUAGAGGGUCUCGAAAUAAGAUGCCAAAAAGAAGCCAAAGCAGAGAAUAUUUGAAAACUUAACUAAUCUUUGGCACAAGGGCAUCCAUACUCUGCAAAGGAAUUCCUGCGGAUAUAAAAUUGACUAAAAUUUUUAGCGCACAUAAGUAUCUGCAACAUGUUAGGAAUGACCAAAUUGCACUAAUUUGGGGAAGAAGUUACUUUCUGACUUUGUGUUAGCCAGCUGCCAACAGAAGUACAACGAUUUGAUAACGCCUCCAAUGCAGCUAUUGUGUGCUAGCAUGCAAAAUACAGUGCCAUUUUAAGAUAAAUAGUGUAGUAUUAGUGGUAACAGAAAUGCUUUCAUUUCAUGCUAUAUUUAUUUACACAUUCAUUUGAGGUAUAUUAGGAAUAUUCUGGGUUUUGCAUGUGGAACCAUUAUUCCCCCAAGCAUGGUAUCAAAAGGUAUUAAAUAUUGUUAUUCUGAUUAAAUAUCAGCACUGAAGUUCACAGUGCUGGUGUCAUGACAUUGACGCGAGUGCACACGCAUGUAGGCCUGCCUGCCUGCUGCUCUUCAGGUGUCUGAUGUUAAUCUCUACAUAUAAUUUACUACCAAGCUUUUGAGAUUGAUAUGAAACUUCUUUUUAUGCAAGUAGUAUUGAACAUAUUGUUGAUUUGCUGCUGUAUUUGCUGAUGUUAAAACUGUACAAUUACUGUAAUGUUUCACUGGUUCUCUCAAACCAAGCCCACUUAAUUUUUUAGACUUGCAAUGCAUUUCAUUCCUAAAUUUUAACAGUCUUGUUGAACUUGGCAAAAUAAAUAUUUCAUAAUUGUGUAUUUUACUGAAUUGUGCAAUGCAUAUGAAGUAUGAAUUUUCUAAUGAAAUUCCUGUAAAGUAGGGCAGUAUUGUGCCCUACAAUACUGCCCGGACAUGGAUACUUGUUGCAGAUAUACGUAGAUGUUCUUGCAUUGUUGUGUUCUGAACAUCUUUGAUUCUAUACUAGUACCCCUGUAAAAUAUUUCCACACAUUUAUACCUAAAUAUAAUCAUACAAACCAUUUAACUGUAUUAAGCUGCUUGCUGCUUGGGUUAGUAAUGGAUGAGCUGUCACGAGAGAAAACAAGUAACAUGGACAAUAAUAAAUACUUUAUGUCAUUUGAUAAGUCAA